GAUCUUUGUUAGAAAAAAAUGGCAGCGCGCAUGUGAAUGUCAUGCCAUCCUAAACCAUUCCCUAAACCAUAUUGCGUUUUGGGUGCAAUGUGUUGAAGCUGACGUAUAAAUUAAAUCUUGCGUGAUUGUGCUGUCAUUCACCCCCCCCCCGACAGCUACAUAUCGGGGAAUCAAUAACUCGCUCGUUUCUAUCUUUCGAUGUUAGCAUUUUAGCUAACUACAACAUUACGAUAGUCAACUUGGGGCGGAAUCACGAUGGAGCCGGAGCAGCAGCAACUGAGAAAUCUCCGGGAUUUCCUCCUGGUUUACAACCGCAUGACUGAAAUUUGCUUCCAUCGAUGCAGCAGCAACUUCAACUACAGAAACCUCACCAUGGACGAGGAUCAAUGUGUGGACAGCUGUGCGGGGAAGCUGAUUCGCUCGAACCACCGCCUGAUGAGCACCUACGUGCAGCUGAUGCCUCGGAUGGUGCAGCGCCGGAUGGAGGAGAUGGAGAGCAAGGCAGCAGAAAUGGCCAAGGCAGCAGAGGCUGCCGCAGCCGUGAAUGUGGAGCCUCCUGCCACAGAGGCCUCACCAGCAUCUCAAACCCCCAUCGCCUCAUCUCAACCCAUGCAACUAUUGGAUCAACCUUUUUCCUCAAUGACGAUUGACGAUGCUGGACCAGGGGCCCAUGGCUCCGUCUUAAAGCCAGGAGGGUUGAAUAUUCCAGUUGAGCUAGACACUGUCAUGUCCAAUUCCACGACAGCAUCAAAAGUCCAAUUAUCAGCUGCAACACCGCUCACACCUGUGAUCGAAUCAGCACAUUUCUCUGUGCUUAAUGGAGCUGGCAAUGGACCAUCUUAUACAGCAGGUUUACCUCUGCCGCCAAUAGCUGGUGCCACAAUUGAGUCGGAUAUCUCUGUGCCUGUAUUUACGCCAUUUAAACCAGAUGUACCCUUGUCAACGGUAGCUGCACCGACAGUGUCUAAAUCCAUUGAGAGCCUGUCGGGGCCCCAGAGGGCCCCAGAGGUUCCCCCGCCGUCGGGCCAGUAACGACGGCCCGUCCGGGUGUGUCUCCGGAGGUUAAGCUGUAGUGCUUUGGCCUUUACUCCCUCCACAGAAAAAAACAAAUGUGACAUUGCUGAAAAUAAUUGCUGAUUAAUAGAUUGACAUGCAUUAUACAAUAACAUAAACUUUUCAACAACUAUUAUAACUGAACUCUUCAUGUCAUAUUGUCUUUUUUCUGAGUAUAUUCUCUCAAAUGGGAACAUUUUAUGUUUUUCAUAUUUCAAAUAAAGACUUUUAGGUUUUUCAGUGCUUGUAGUCACGGUAGGCUGUUGACUAAUCAACAUAAUUUUAGAUUACAUAUUUACUGCCCCCUGAUCUGACAGGAAGAUAACAUGAACCCCUAUGGUGACAAAACAAUCAAGCAUGUCACUCUUGAUAAGAAUAUAUAGUUAUUUGUGAGUGUCAGAAAUAUUAACAAAAACAACUAUGCAGACAUUGCAAUCAUAGGUUUAAAUGUUUUUUCAUAGAUACAAAACAAGAAGGAAGUUAUUGUAACCAUAUGUAUGUGUGUGUACUAUGUCAGUUGAAAUUAUAUGAUUUAGUGAUGCUGUCAAUAAAAGCUCCAUAUAGAUCAAA